CGCUCCUGCGCGCAUGCGCACUCACUCUGCUUCUGUCAAACAUGGCUGUGCUUUGGAAGAAGGAAAAAUGCUGAAUUGUGUUGGUAUAUUCCGGGAAAAUCAGCAGGCAUGGCGAGAUUGGCUGACUAUUUCAUUGUGGUUGGAUACGACCAUGAAAAAGCCGGUUCAGGUGAGGGAUGUGGGAAGAUCAUCCAGCGAUACCCCAAAAAGGACUGGGAGGGCACCGCGUUCCCUCAGGGUGUUGAAAUGUUCUGCCAGCCGAGCGGGUGGAGGCUGUCCAGGGAGAGGAAGAUACCCAGCUUCUUCACAGUUGUAUUGACGGACAUCGAUUCAGACCGACACUACUGCUCAUGCCUUACCUUUUAUGAGGCUGAAGUCAAUCUCCAGGGCUCAAAGAGUAUUGAAGCAGAGGGAGAUGAAGAUGAAGAGGUGGAAGAAGAUGGUUUGAUACAGCCGGCCGAAGUCUUUGCACCAAAAAGUCUUAUCCUUGUAUCCAGGCUAGAUUAUCCAGAAAUAUUUCGGGGAUGUCUGGGUUUGAUUUAUACUGUGUACAUCGACAGCUUGAAUUUCCCUUUGGAGGGGCUAGUGGCCAACCUCUUCACAUUCCAGGUCCCCAUAGCUGGAGGAUCACAGAAGUUGUUCAGCCUCGGAGCGGGAGACCGGCAGCUCAUCCAGACGCCUCUCAAUGACACAUUACCUGUUACAGGCAAAAGUGUUGCCAUGCUUUUCCAGCAGCUGGGAAUCCACAAUGUCUUAAGCCUGUUCUGUGCUGUUCUGACCGAGCACAAAGUUUUGUUUCACUCCACUAGUUACCAGCGUCUUGGAGAAGCAUGCCGUGCCCUGGAAGCCCUCAUGUUUCCUCUUAAAUACAGCUAUCCUUACAUCCCCAUCCUGCCCUCUCGGCUGCUCGAAGUGUUGAGCUCACCUACUCCUUUUAUCAUCGGUGUCCACUCCAUGUUUCAAACGGAGAUCCAGGAUCUGUUGGAUGUCAUUAUCGCUGACCUCGAUGGAGGGACAAUAAAGAUUCCUGAGUGUAUCCACUUGUCUCUGCUCCCUGAACCUCUGUUACACCAGACGCAGACGGCACUCUCCCUGGUUUUGCACCCUGAUUUGGAGAUAGCAGACAAUGCAUUUCCUCCAUCCCGCACUACACCUUCUAACAUCAAACUGUUGGACAAGGAGGUACGGGCAGUCUUUCUCAGGCUGUUCGCGCAGCUCUUCCAGGGCUACAGGUCCUGCCUACAGCUCAUCCGCAUCCACUCUGAACCCGUUAUUCACUUUCACAAGACUGCCUUCCUGGGCCAGCGGGGCCUCAUCGAGAGCGAUUUUCUGGCCAAGGUUUUGGAUGGCAUGGCCUUCGCUGGCUUUGUCUCAGAGAGAGGUCCGCCUUACAGAGUCUGUGAUCUCUUUGAUGAGCUGGUGGCCUUAGACAUUGAAAACUUUAAGGAAGAAGGGAUCAGUCCUGCCAAGCUGCAGAAACGAAUCAGGGAAUUAUCUGAGCAGUUCUAUAAAAAUGAAAACCCAAAUCCACACAUGGCUUUUCAGAAAGUGCCUCGGCCGUCAGAGGGCUCUCACCUGCGGGUACAUCAGGUGCCCUUCCCGCUGUUGGAUGAUGAAAAGAUAGAGAUGCUUCUUCAGGAAGGUGUGGCCAAGCACAGCAGUGCACCUGUCUUUACGCGACCAGAGAAGAAAUGUGUCGUGCCCGCAGGACCGCCCGUUGUGUCCUUCAUGGGCAAGUGUGGCUCAGUGUUUAACAGCGCACGCAGGCUGGAGGUGGUGAGGAACUGCAUUUCCUUCAUCUUUGAGUACAAGACCCUGGAGACAGAGAAGACCCUACCUGCUGCAUUGCGGGCCCUCAAAGGGAAAAUGGCUCGACAGUGUCUGACUGAAGAGUUGAGCCUUCACGUCCAGCAGAACCGUGCAAUCCUCGACCAUCAACAAUUUGAUUAUAUCAUUCGAAUGAUAAACUGCGCUCUCCAGGACUGCUCCACGUCAGAAGAGUAUACAGUGGCUGCUGCCCUGCUACCCCUGUCAACUGCAUUUUAUAGGAAACUGGCCCCUGGGGUGAACCAGUUUGCCUACACUUGCAUACAAGACCAUCCUAUUUGGACUAACCAGCAGUUCUGGGAAGCCACUUUUUACAGUGAAGUUCAGAGCCAAAUCCGAGCUUUGUAUCUAAAUACAUUGGAGAAGGGUAGCGUCAUUGCAAAGCUUAAGGAGGCUGUACCUACUUCUACUGUGGUAAAAGACGAAGAGGAUCAGACUGCCAUGGAUUUGGCAGCGGAGCAGCUCAGGUGUUGGCCCAACCUGAGUAAAGAGAAGCAGCAUGAACUGGUGAAAAAUGAAGAGAGCACUGUGUUCAGCCAGGCCAUCCACUACGCCAGCCUCAUGGUCUACCUGCUGGUCCCUCUGGACACCAGCAAGAACAAACUACUGCGCAACCCCCCAGCAGCAGACUGGGAGAGUGGGAGCAACAGCAUCGUCACAAACAGCAUCGCUGGCAGCGUGGCAGAGAGUUUUGACACUGAAAGUGGUUUUGAAGACUCUGAGAACAGCGACGUGGCUAACUCUGUGGUCAGGUUCAUCGCUCGUUUCAUCGAUAAGGUGUGCACUGAGAGUGGGGUGACGCAAGACCACAUAAAGAGCUUGCACAGUAUGAUCCCAGGCAUUGUAGCUAUGCAGAUGGAGGCUCUCGAAGCAGUUCAUAGAGAGAGCAGAAGACUACCCCCCAUACAGAAGCCUAAGAUUCUGCGUCCUGCUUUGCUUCCUGGGGAGGAGAUGGUGUCCGAGGGGCUGCGGGUGCUCCUGGAUCCAGACGGUAGGGAGGAGGCCACGGGAGGCCUGCUGGGGGGUCCUCACAUUCUGCCAGCAGAGGGUGCUCUCUUCCUCACCACGUAUCGCAUCAUCUUCAAAGGCAUUCCUCAUGACCCACUUGUUGGAGAGCAGGCAGUGAUCAGAGCUUUCCCAGUGUCCACAAUGACCAAAGAAAAGAAGAUAAGCAUUCAAAAUCAACUGCAACAAAAUAUGCAAGAGGGUCUACAGCUCCGCUCUGCAUCCUUCCAGUUGAUAAAAGUUGCGUUUGAUGAAGAGGUGACCUCGGAGAUGGUGGAGCUCUUCAGGAAGCACCUUCAGAGGAUCCGAUACCCUCAGUCCAUUUUUACCUCAUUUGCUUUUGCUGCUGGACAGACAGUGCCACAGAUAAUCCUUCCCAAACAAAAAGAGAGGAACACUGGCUUUCGAACGCUAUCCAAGACUAUUGUUAAAGGUGCCAAAAGAGCUGGGAAGAUUACUAUGGGCCGAGGCAGCCAGUCAACUCUGAAGAAAAAUGAUCGAAGUAGCAGAAUGACCUGGAAUGAAGAUGAUGACAUUUCAAUAUCUGACGAUGGAGAACCACCUCCUAGUAGCACUUUGCGAUCAUCAGAAAAGUCGACGAUGGAGCAGCUGGUGGAGCAGUCCUGUUUCCGUGACUACCAGCGACUCGGGUUAGGCACCAUCACUGCCAGCUCGUCCCGCUCCAAAUCAGGAGAGCAGUUCAGGAUAACAGCUGCAAACAGACUCUACUCUUUAUGUCGAAGUUACCCAGGGUUGUUGGUGGUUCCCCAGGCUGUACAGGACAGCAGUUUACACAAAGUGGCACGCUGUUACAGACACAAUCGUCUCCCAGUGGUGUGUUGGAAACACCCACGCACCAAAGCUGUCCUCCUUCGAUCAGGAGGCUUCCAUGGCAAAAGUGUUGUAGGACUAUUCAAAUCACAAAACCCUUCUUCAACUCCAAACUCAUCCUCGGAGUCAUCCAGUAGCCUAGAACAAGAAAAGUAUCUCCAAGCAAUCCUCGACUCCAUCCCAGUCUACUUCAAGAUGAAUGGCAAUAACACGCUAUCUAACCGCUCACUUGUUGGACUUUCUCCAGCCACUGAAAGGAGGACGUCCAGGUUACCAAAGAUGACCCCUGUCCAUUUGGAUAUUCCGUUCACAAACAGCUUUACAAGAGGAGUCCUUGAAUACAGAGAUAAGCUUUUCACUCACUCACACCAAAAACAUUCAAGUAAAGAGCGGGUCCACAGUCAAGGUAUGUGGGCCAGUCUCCGCAGCAGCACCAGGCUGAGCCAGCACCACACUGGAGCUGAGGUCGGGCCCAGGCUGGCAGGGAAAGAUCUGGCACCCCCUGCAGGCAGCAGCAGCCUCCAGGCUCAGCUCCUCAAACAUCAGGCUGCGCUCUACAUAUUUGGAGAAAAAUCCCAUUUAAAGGGUUUGAGAGUUGACGCGUCUCUGAACUGUGAGCUGGUGCCAGUGGACUUUGCCGACACGCGACAGGUCAAAGGGAGUUUCAAAAAGCUCCUCAGGGCCUGUGCCCCCAGUGCCACGUCCACAGACCCCCAGGACUCCUUUUUCAAAGCGCUGGAGGAUUCAGAGUGGAUCCUACAGCUUCACAAGAUUCUCCAGCUGGCUCUGUUUCUGGUGGAGCAUCUAGACAGCGGCUCAUCUGCUCUGCUGAGUUUAGAGGAAGGCUGGGACAUCACCACUCAAGUGGUGUCCUUGGUGCAGCUGUUGAGUGAUCCGUUUUACCGCACUCUGGAGGGUUUUCAGGUGUUGCUGCAGAAAGAGUGGCUGUCUUUUGGUCAUAAGUUCUGCCAAAGGAGCAACCUUAACCCCAGCAGCCAGGGGAGUGGCUUCACACCUAUCUUCCUCCAGUUUCUGGACUGUGCGCACCAGAUUCUGGAACAACAUCCUGUGGAGUUCGAGUUUAAUCAGUAUUAUCUGAAGUUCUUGGCUUAUCAUCACAUCUCAAACCGCUUCAAGAACUUCCUGUUGGAUUCAGAUUACGAACGUUUUGAACAUGGUUUGUUGUUUGAAGACAAGGGUGACAAACAGGCUCGCAGAGGUAUUUGUAUCUGGGAUUGCAUCAACAGAAUGCACAAAAGGAGCCCAAUCUUCUUCAACUACCUUUAUAAUCCUUCAGAGAGUGAUAUAAUCCUGAAGCCUUCCAUCGGCAUCCCCAGUUUGAAAAAGUGGGACUACUUCACAGAUGAGACCCUGUCCACUGGUCCAUGUUACGACUGGAGGACGAUGGCAGUGAGGUCAGAGAGCUCAGAGGAAAUGGACUCGCUCUCAAACAGCCAAAGGAGGAUUGUUUGGCCGUGUUAUAGCAGCGUGAGCCAAGCGCAGCCAGACGCAAUCACCAAACUACUGUUGGAUAUUGAAAAACUGGAGUCAGAACUUCACCAAAACUCUGAGAGGUGGCAGACUACACUGGAUAAAGUCAGACUCAGCAUUCAAGAAGACCUCAAGCAAGAAGGAAAUCUCUCUAAACAGGCCGUGUCGAUCUCAGGGCUCAUUCCCACGUCGAGCCUCCAGGCCAUUCAGCGGCGCUCUAUGCUGCACCUGCCAGAGAGCGGACUGAGUGAGGACCGCAGCACCUCCACAGCCAACGGAAUCAACAGACGGGCUGCAACCCUGUACAACCAGUUCACCCCCAAGAGCGAAGAGAACAGGUCUUAUGAGGGGAUCCUGUACAAACGUGGAGCACUUUUGAAAAGCUGGAAGCCUCGCUGGUUUGUGUUGGACAUUACCAAGCACCAGCUGAGAUACUACGACACUGGGGAGGACACUAACUGCAGAGGUCACAUUGACUUGGCUGAAGUGGAGUCAGUUGUGAUCACUGCACCAACGAUUGGAGCUCCUAAACACAUCAGUGAAAAGGCUUUCUUUGACCUGAAAACCUGCAAAAGAGUCUACAACUUCUGUGCCUCAGACGCUCCCAGUGCCCAAGUGUGGAUGGACAAGAUCCAGAGCUGCAUUUCAGACGCGUGAGACACAGUGGAACCAUAACACUGCCAGACGGGAGACGGGUUAAAGUGAGGAAGAUAUUCUAACCAUUCUAACGUCUGUCUUCUUUGGGACCACACUGACAACAAUGAACAAAGUGCCUGGUAGUGUUCACUUACACUAUAACAUUUUCAGACUUGUUUCUUGCUAAUGUCACUACUCCAUUGGUCAGCAUCAUAUGAGUAGGUUGGCAUGUUACCUCCAGGCCUUAGACAAGAACAAAGUAAAGAUAAGCUGACCUUUUAGGAGACUGCACUAUCAAAUACCCUGCUAAAUGCUGUAAAUAUAUCCAAGCAAUAUCACUGGCCAUUCAAACUGUGGGUAAAAUAUUAGAUUUAAAGUUACACAAAUAGCCUAUUAAAUAAUUUCUAUCAGAUAUUUUUACUACAACUAAGUGUCGCUGCUUAAAAAAAAAACUAUGAACCGCCAAAAACUCAUGAGAUUUUAAUGCACAAUAUGAAAAAGGAAUUUGUUUGCACUUGUCUUGAAAGUAUGCACUCCUCAGAGAUUUUUAACAGAUGCAGAAAAUAGGCUCUAGGCAUCACUUUACAAUGUACAUAAAACAGCAUAGAAUACAUGAGAAGUUUUGCACAGCGCAUUCAAAAGAGUUACCUGAUAUUUUCUAUUUAAAUACUGUAUGUGAUGUUUCCUUUGGUUGAAUGUGUUUUGUUGUCGGAUUAACAUGUCUGUCUUAUGUAAUGUAAAUUAUUUUUUAUAUUAAAUGUCAACAGUUUUAUUGUCCGUGCCUGUUUCCUGUACAUACGUGUGACAUUUCAUUUUAUAUACUGUAUUUACUAAGCUUUUCUAACUGUAACUUUAAUGUGACCAAUUAGUCUUUUUAAAUGUGUUGUUGGCGGUGCAAAUACCUGGAUGGCCUGAUUCAUAUUUAAUUACAUUACAAAAUACAAACAUGCUCUGUAUUUAAUAAGGGCUUUAAUACAGCUUAUUUGACCGAGCGGUUUCCCGUCCCCCGCAUUUACAAGUCCGAGAACUCUUUGAAGAAGCACACUAAACACUACUUAAGAUGUCAGAGGUUUUGUUACUGUAUCUAUACCGUGUGUUGUGGUGACACUAAUUUUUGAAAAUAAAUCAGACAUACUUGAAACCA